AUCCUUUCAUCCUAACGUUAUCUGCAUUAAUUCGCAUGAUUCAUUCCUUUUAUUUACUAUUUUUUUGUGCAGUGCUUUAUUACGAAAAAGGCACACACAUACAUUUCCGUUUCUUCUUUUUUAAAUCAUGCCAAGUUUAUCUUGUCGACCUUGUUUCUUAAUUUGCUCUAAAGACUGAUGAGAUCCAUUGUAGAAAGAUUAUUUUUUCCGAUUGUCAUUAGUUUCCUCUUGAGAUCUAGGUCUUUUAUACACUUUCUUGAUUCUCACAGUUUAUUAUUAUGAUGGUCCACAUGGAAGUGUAAGAUGUCCGGAGCCUCAUCGAGCCAUCGUCAUCGGGGUAGAGAAGAAAAAGUGGUGGUGACUGGUGAGAUGAGAAUUCCCUCAUGUUCUAUUCCGAUCGUUACCAACCUAUCAUUCAAUGCGCUGCGAAAUAAGAAGGUUGACAGCCUUUCUGUUGUCUGAACAUUGGAGCCAAGGAACAACCACAGAGCGCAAGAGCAUUUUGUUGUGUGCUUCGGGGAGAAGUUUCGAGAAACCCUACCGGCCACCACCGUCAGCGAUCAGCUUGUCUUUGUUUUUCGGAAUCCUGAAGUUUUUGUAUUUCUUCGGUAUCCAGCCUGUAACUGUAACUCUUACAAAGCUUCCUCGGCAAUCAGCCUGAAAUAUUUUUGCUAGAAAGCUCUGUGGAGAAUCGCUUAUAGCAGAAGCACAGGAAAACCAUUCCUUGUUUUGUUCUGGCUCACAUGCUUUUAUAUCUGGACUUUUCCAUCUGCAGUGGACAGACGGCAAACCGACGAAGUCCGUGACACAGAGUUUGGUUUCUCUGGUGAAGAACAGAAUUCAUUUUUGCUGGAAAUAUGAUAUGGCUAAAGAAGUAAUUAUGUAUGUUGAAGUUCAAUAAAAGAUAUAAUUAUGGAUAGUGGAGCCCAAUGUUCUGUCUCUUUACGGGCAAAUCGCAGAGGAGACUGGAACAAUCGAAGUCUUUUUAAAGAUGUUGAUGGCAGUUUUUAUUUUCCUGGGAGGAUGUCACAAGAUCAUGCAAUGAAGAUUGUCUGGAAGAGGGGCUUCAUACGUUUGGCUCUUGUAGUUGGCAUAUUGUGGAUGUUUCUCAUCCUGACAGCAUUAUUAUUUCACAUUUGGUCUUGCCAAUCUUCCAUAACUUUUUUGUCAGCUAUUUGUAACAAAGAAAGUAAGGUAUUUAUGAUGUUGGACACUAUGGGGCUUCUACCAAAACCACAACACCGUUGUCCAAUUCCCCUUCAAGAUGAUCCUGAUGCAAUAGUUAUCCCAAAGAGAAGAAUAUCUGACAACAUUGUCCAACAUUUAUCCUAUGUUUUAGAGGAUGAGUCUGUAAAUAAUGAUUCUCAGUCACUCCCACUAUUUGGAGGGCAUCAAAGCUGGUCACAAAGAGAACAAAGUUUUAAGCUGAAUUCGACCAUGAAGGUGCACUGUGGCUUUAUGCACAAUGGAGGUGCAGAGAUGGAUCCUGUAGAAGUUGAGUAUGUCAAGAAAUGUAGGUUUGUUGUUGCAUCAGGCAUUUUUGAUGGAUAUGACACGCCCCACCAGCCUUCAAAUAUAAGUUAUCGAUCCCAAAACCUCUUCUGCUUUCUUAUGGUUGUUGAUGAGAAGUCUUUCAACUUCAUUAAGAAAAAUGUCACAAUUAGAGAGGAUCAUCAGGGGGGGAAGUGGGUUGGUAUUUGGCGCCUUGUGCCAUUACACCAUCCACCCUAUGAUGAGCCCCGAAGAAAUGGGAAAGUUCCUAAGAUACUAACCCAUCGGCUGUUCCCUCAAGCACAAUACAGUAUCUGGAUUGAUGGAAAAAUGGAGCUGAUAGUUGAUCCUUUGCUUAUGCUAGAAAGAUAUCUAUGGCGUGGAAAGCACACAUUUGCCAUUGCUCGCCACAAACACCAUCAUAGUAUAUAUGAGGAGGCCGAUGCUAUCAAACGGAGGAAGCGUUACGCCCGUCCUCUUAUUGACCUCCACAUGAAAAUAUACCGCUAUGAGGGAAUGGAACCAUGGAGUCCAAACAAAAGGACAGUCAGUGAUGUGCCUGAGGGAGCCAUUAUAAUACGGGAACAUACUGCUAUCAACAACUUGUUUAGCUGCCUGUGGUUCAAUGAGGUCAACCUCUUCACACCAAGAGACCAGCUGAGCUUUGGUUAUGUUGUGUACAGGUUAGGGAGUUCGUUCAAUUUCUAUAUGUUUCCCAACUGUGAGUACAACUCGUUGUUUGUGUUGCACCCACAUACUCGGGAGCAUUCUUCUGUUGUAGAAUGGGUAAAAUCUUUGGAUGAGUUUAAGGGGAGUGGUAGUGGGUUGAAAGAAAGCAGGGGGGGCUUAGGUCUGUGGACUCCUUAUACUGGGGACCUUAACUCAGUUUACCUCCCACCUGUUGCAAGAACAUCAAAAGCGGGCUAAUUUCUCAACUUUUUUCCCACUGAUUAAGGUUUCAUCUUUGUUUAUUUAUCAUCAGUGGGAAGAAAGGUUAGAAUACUCAAAAAUCAAAAUGAGGGAAACGACAACACCUGGACCUUGACCACUGUUAACGGUGGGUUUUUUUUUUUUCGGUCCAUUUUGUGCUAUGGUAUUAU